AUGCAUUCCAAAACUCUAGUCUUGACAUCCCUCUUCCUUAGCCUCGCCGCCACCGCCGCCCUCCCAACCACUGCAAUAAUUUCAGAAAGUCAACUCAAUCUCUGGAACGACUCUGCAUGUUCCGUUCCUUAUGAAGAGAUAACUCUACCCACAGACGGAACAUGCACUAACCUUCCUUUACCUGGCGCACAAUCAGUUUCUGCAGCUAUUACUGUUCCUGGAUGCAUUUCUACUAUUUAUGGAUUUACUUCUUUUGAUUGUGGGGGUGAUAGUAUUGUGGUUAGUAGUCCGAUAUGGACGGGGUGUCUGUUUGAGGGGAAUCAUUGGUUUUUGUCUUUCAGGGUUGAGAUCAGUUGUACUGUUGAGUAA